GUCAGGCUAUUUACGUCCAGGUCAAGAUGGCCGCCCUAUAGUAGCGCCAAGCAGUAACGAGAAGAAACAACAAGAGGUGUAACUGCUAGAUUGUGUUUGAAAGCCUGGUCAUUUUUCUUUUUUUUUGUUCCUGGAUUGUGCUAAAGACAGAUAUCAAGAGUCGCAACACGACAGAAGUUGGCCAGGGCGCAGGAGCCGGUGAUGGCAGAGCCCAGGAAAGUGGCCUUCAUCACCCUGUCCUCACCGGACCCGCGGAAGCGCCGUCGGGAAGAUGAGCCUGGCACCCCGGGGCUUCCGACGGUUGGAGGCGGUGGUGGCCUCUUUCCUGGUGCCCCUGAAAGUAAAGUGGACACCGAGCAGACGGAGCAGCGUGGCAUUACACUGCGUCUCAACCUUCGACUGUCAGAGCCGAGUGAUAAAGCCUCCACAGAGUUUAACUACAACGAGCUGGUGAAUGCAAUGAAGGUGAAGAAACCUUCUGAAACAGCAUCUAAUCCUAAUGACCCUUUCAACGAUGAGAUGCGCGAACGACUAGAAGUGGAAGCUCUUGCCAAGAAGUUUGAAGCAAAAUAUGCAACAAACAAGAAACGCAGGGAUCGGCUCCAGGAUCUCAUUGACAUUGGCUUUGGCUAUGAUGAGACCGACCCUUUUAUAGAUAAUUCUGAAGCUUAUGAUGAACUGGUACCAGCUUCACUAACUACUAAAUUUGGUGGGUUCUACAUCAACACUGGUACUCUACAAUUCAGACAGGCAUCAGAUUCUGAGGAAGAAGAUACGAAGAAUGAAAAAAAAGUGAAAUCGCACAAGAAGCAUAAAGAGGGAGAAGAACGUCCCAUAAAGAAACGCAAGAGAAAGGAUGAGGGAAGUGUUUUAGAGAAAGAGAAGAAACCAAGAAAAAUCAAAAUACCCAAACAACUUGGGGUAUCAGCCCUAAAUUCUCACAGACCUGAUAAAAAGAAACGAAAAAAGCUAAUGAAGGAUUCUUUGUCAUUGGCCGCCAUGAUCCGCAAAUUUGCAAGAGAAAAGGAGGCUAUGCGAAAGAAUAACCCGUCCUCUAUGGGAACCACGAACACAAAUUCCUAUCCCAAACAUAACACACCAACAUCUUCACAAACUACUCCAAUAAACAAUGUAAAGCCUGCUCCUAGUCAGACUACAGACCUCUGUGAUCUGGCCACAGAUCCUACUAUGAUCUCAAUUUUGGGUUCUGCCAAUGAAAAUGAGCUCCUUCAGCAUGCAGCAAAUGCAAUGGAGCUUGAUUUGCUUGAUGUCGACUUAGAAAAGCUGCUAGACUCUUCAUCUCAGGCUAGUGCGGAUGGAAUGGAAGGUGGUACCAAUGUUACUGAAGAGAAUGGCCUACUGAGAACCUCUACAGCAUGUGAAAGUGGAAAUUUGAAUACAUCUAAAGCUUUGCCACAGAGGCAGGUGAUUAGUGUGACACCACCACCCCUUCCAGAAGGUCUUCCGGAGGCUCUUCACAAGAGGAUUGGUGACCUUCGUGCUGCCUCUAGACAGUUUGAUGAAGAAGGAAGGAAGAAGUUCUUCACCUUGGACAUGAAUAAUAUUCUGCUUGACAUUGAGCUUCAACUCCAAGAUCAGGGUCCACAAGUGCGGGCUGCUGUUUACUGUCAUCUAGAAGCGUUUGUGCCUUGCAACAAAGAAAUGCUGAUGAAGAGGCUGAGAAAACUGAAUCUGAAUGUACAGGAUGACAGACUACGGAUGCCACUUCAGAGACUUAAGCUUGCAGUUGGUAAUGUAAUGCCUGAACAGAUUUCAAGAUACCAUGAGGAUUGCCUUGCACAUAGCCAAGCCAAGGUGGCAAAGAUUGCAAAGCAGCAAUCUGAGGAUGACCAUGCAAAGAAUUGCUCAGAUGAAGAUGAUGAAGAAAAGCCUGGGAAAAGAGUGGUUGGACCUAGAAAGAAAUUUCACUGGGAUGAUCGAAUCAGAAGUUUACUAUGCAACCUGGUGAAGAUCAAGCUUGGCUGCUAUGAACUGGAACAAAAUAAGACUGUUACAGUGGAGGACUACCUCAAGUCAUUUAUGGAGACACAGGUCAAACCGCUAUGGCCCAAAGGCUGGAUGCAGGCCCGAAUGUUGUUGAAAGAGAGCCGAAUAGCACACAGCCAUCUUACUUCAAAUUCAUCCAAAAAGAAGAUUGUUCCUACUUCUAAACCUAAGCCACGGGAAUCUAGCCCCAAAGAUGGAUGUCUAAACAUCUCAACAGGAUCUGUUGGCUCACAACGCACCCCAUCAGCAGUACGUCCCUCAGAAGAGGAACCAGUGGCCUCUUUGUCUUCACGCCAAACGGUGCCAACCACCAGCACUCCUGCUUUUAAAUGCAACUCACCCCCUGAAACCAUUUACUUGGACUCUUCACUGGAUGAAGAAACGCCCAAUCCCAGUUUUGAUUCCAUUUCCGAAGCACUGGCCCAACUCAGCAGUGCUGCUAAGUGUUUGGUCAGUGAUAGCCCUCCUACAACUCCAAAACCCCAAAGGAAUAUGAGUAGCAAUAUUCAGUGUAGAGAUGAGAAGUUGUCAAGUAUCACAAGUAAGCUGCCUUUAGGCCACAGUCACACAUCCGUUAAAACCCACUCCGAUUCACAACAAGACAGCCAAAAAAAAGAUAUAAAUACAGGUUCUGGUAGAAAUUUUCUUACCGGACUCCACACAAAUAUUAUUAGUAAAAAUGGAGAAAGUCCUAUGGGGUCUUCUAGCAAGCAGAAGGCAGUGGGAGCAGAUGUAGCUAAUUCAGGUGUCAUUUCUGCUAAUGCUCAGACUGGAAAAACAUCGCUUGUUCACACAGUUCAAGCUACUAGCUCACCAAGACUUUCUUCUCAGUCCUCCAAAGUGCCAGUUAGUUCAGAAGGAACUAAACCACACUCAAACUUUUCAAAUGUUAGUAGCAUUAGCAAUAGUCCUUCACAGGUGCAUAUACAUGGUUCAUCUAAGCUGCAGUCUGGAAUUGGAUCUGUACCACAGUCUAGUUCUCAUGCAAAACAGCUACAAAUGUCGUCUUCACCAAAGCUUGUACAGAGCACACAUUCAAGUACUGUAUCACCAUUAGGAGCACAGGGUGUAAAACUGCAGCCUCAUGGUAGCAGCAGCAUUAAUAACCUAUCUCAAAGUAAGCUGCAUCCAAGUAGUACAACUGUCUCUCCUACAGUGCAGGUAGGCAAGCUUCAUCUAAACUCGCAUAGUUCAAAUAAACAUCAUUCUCACUCUCACUCCACAGCAACUCCACCCCCUUCUACUGGAAAGAUGCCGUUGCAGAGUUCCAAUUCACGUUCACCCCAUCAGAGCAAGCACCACUCUACUUCAUCCCCCCAACAAUUAUCCCAUGCGACGGUAAAAUCUCAGACUGCCAAUUUUGUAACUCCAAUGCAAGUUACCAUCAGUAAGUCACCCAGCAAUCCCAUAGUAAAGCUCAGCAAUGCCUUACAUGCUACCCCAGUAGCAAGACCCCCUUCUUUGAGUAGUAAUAAUGUAAACAGUACAAAUAGUACACCUGAAAAAACUUUGCAAUCCUCCUUUUGUAACACUUCACCUUCUCCCAAUACUUCCCCUUCCCUCGUUGGUCAUUCUAGACCUAAUUCUAGUAGCUCUACAAGUCCCCAGUGCUUAAAUGCAUAUCAGCCUAAAUCUAGUAGUCAUUCAGUAAGUAUUUCUAGUGCUUUUCGACCCCAUUUUUCUGUCUCUGGGGCUUCAAAAUCCUCUCAGAGCCCUGCUAUUCAUACUGCAGGAGCAAGCCCUUUGCAGCACAAAUCACAAGCCUUCAGUGAUGGUCUGAACAGCAUUUGUUCUAUUCGGUCUCAUACUACUGCUAACAUUACUUCACAAUCAAACACAAAUCCCACUCAUUCGUCUCCUUCAUCAUCACUUAGUCAGAAAUGUUCAAGCUCCUCACCUGCCCCUUCACAGAGGUCAACAGGAAACACAAGUGCUGGAAGUGCUACAACAUUGUCUAAGCCAGUUACAGCACGAACAGGAGUGUCAACUUCUACUGCAAUGACCUCUUCGGCACAACUGCAAACAAGUUUAAAUCAGGUGACCACAGGGGCAGGACUUUUAGGCAGUUCGCCCCCUCUAACCCUCAUGACACCCCCACUGUCAGUGCCUAAUCAGGCUGCUACCCUGAACCCCUUUGGCAUACUUGGGGGUCUGGUUCCUGUGUCUCUGCCUUUCCAGUUCCCUCUGGACCUGCUUACUUUCCCUAAUGCAUCAAAUAAUGCAGCAGCUACUGGAGUGACGACGACUACCUCAGUGGGCUUCCCCCACACCCUAACAGAGAAUCUCCUGAAAGGUCUUCAGACGGGUGCCCAGCAUGCUUUGCCUGCACACCUACAGCAUGCUUUCUCAGAUUCAAGCCAAAGCCAGGGAGGUGAGGUAAAAAGGAAAUCACACUGACCAGUUGGCAUGCAGAUUGAAACUAAUCAGGGAAAAGGAGCAGAAGAUUGGCGAGGGACAUUCUCACUGGGUCACUCCGGGGUCACGUGACUGACAGAGAAUUGUGAUGAAUGAACUUAAUGUGUAUUGAUUUUUAUUUUCCUUUAUGUCAAUGUUUACAUAUUGUAGACCCUGAACACUGUGGUUUGGAGGAACAGAAAAAAAAAAAAAA